CUAUUUCGCUUUAGAAUAACUACGGUAUUAAAUGAGAUGUGUCCCGCGCAUGCGCCAAUCAGUGUCCUUGCGCUUCCGCAAGUAGUAAAACGUGGUUUUACAAGUUGGGGAAUAAUUUAUCUUUUUUGUGAUUAAACGGCUUGAGCGAACGUAGUUCGUUAAUUUAAACUGUAUUAAAUAGUAGCCGUAAUUGUUAUCGUACGUGGUACGAACAUUAUUUAUUAAUUUUGGUGUUAUAUCGAAGGAUAUUGGAACUUGAAAAUUGCCACACGUGGUGGGGUAAUAAAAUAACAUAAUGGCGGAUGGCCAAACUAAAAAUCAAAAAGACAUUGAUAAUGUCACUAGUGGUAAAGCAAAGUCUAGUUCAACCUCAAGUUCAAGGGGAAAACAGACAGCUCCUAAUUUGUCGGAGGAUUUACCGUCAACUUCGAAAACUAGUGAAAAGUCGAGUGCUAAAAUUGCCGACAAAAAUGACGAGAUUUUGAAUAUUUUGAAAUCGCUUCGAGCUGAGCAAAUAAAAACAAACAGUAAGUUAGAAGCUUGUGAAAACAGGCUCGAACAAUUAGAAAAUGUAGACUAUAGUUAUGAUUAUGAUGCAUAUCAAUAUGAGCCUGACAUGUAUGUUGACGAAGAGGCUUCGUUGGCUAGUGCUUCGGAAAUAUGUCCACCAGUCACUGGAAAGAGAAAAAUUGACGAUAAUAACAACCCUGCAGAUAAAAGUGAAAGUUCUGAAGGGUCUAGUCGUUUUGCGAGAUUGUCAAAAAGGUUUAAAACAACCGAGGUGUGUGGGUCGGACAUAGAUCCAUUUUUAGCCGACAAUGUAAAUCAUCUGUUCAGACAGGGAAUGGAGGAAGAUCAGUAUUUUGCUAUGAUCAAGGAUGAAGAAAAUCCUCGUCCAGGAAAUUGUGACAGUCUUGUUACUGUAAAAUUAAAUCAGUUAGUCUGGGACAUAGUGUCGCCAACUGCACGUUCUAGGGACAAGAAGAUGCAAAAUAUGGAAACGACUGUUAUUAAAGCAGCGUGUGUCUUGGUUAAAACAGUGGACAAGGCAGCCAAGUUGGAAACUGAGGUCAAACAGGCAGGUGGUGAUAUAGGGUCAGUGAUAGAUGGAUGUAAUGAUGCGCUGGCCUUUUUAGGACAUGCUAAUCGUCAAAUUAACAUGAUACGUAGAGACCUUUUGAAGCCCGAAAUGAGAAAUGAGUACAAUCAUCUGUGUACACAUUCUCUACCAUAUACAAGUCAGCUUUUUGGUGACGAUGUGUCAAAAACCGCUAAAGAGAUAGAAGAGUGCUCAAGAAUUGGGCACAAGCUUCAGUAUGGACCUGUUAGAGGCAGUUUUAGGGGUAGACCUGGUUUCCGACCAAGACUACGAGGAACUUUCAAUCGUACUGCUGUACGUGGUAGAGGUGGUUAUGCAUCCUCUGAGUAUCAACAGGCAUCAAAAAACCUCCAGCGCCGAGGGGGAGUCAGGAAAUUUUAA